UUAACCUUCACUCUUAGAUGAAUGACAAUUCCAAGAAAAUGGAAUAUGGGAGACAAGACGAGAUCGAAGAUCUGUCAUUGUCCCCUCCCACCAUGGGAUCCAUGCAGAUUGCAGGUAGCAAUGGCUUUGGCCACAAUAUUGAGUUCAUGUCUCAAGCUUAUCUGAGGAACAGGAGUUCAGAAAUCGACAUAGAGGAAGAGAUACCUGCCACAUCACAGGACCGGCCCCUCCCGAUUUUUCUCAAGUUUGCAGAUGUGGAGUUUAAGGUGAAAGUUCGAAAUUCCCCCUCUGUUAAUCCUGUUAAGUCUGUCGUCUCCAAGGUGGCUGUGCAGUUGAACAUUGAACAAGAUAACUACAAGCAGAUAUUGAAAGGUAUAACUGGAAGCACUGGCCCUGGUGAGACCCUAGCCCUUAUGGGGCCUUCUGGAAGCGGAAAGACGACUUUAUUAAAGAUUCUUGGCGGUAGAUUGCAUGAAAAUGUUAGAGGGACUGUAACGUACAAUGAUGUUUCAUAUAACGCAGCUCUCAAGAGAAGGAUUGGUUUUGUGACACAAGAUGAUGUCCUCUUCCCACAAUUGUCAGUGGAAGAAACCCUGGUUUUUGCAGCAUUUUUAAGACUUCCAAGCGGAAUGAGCCGACGCCAGAAGUAUGAAAGAGUUGAGCUGAUUGUUAAGGAAUUAGGCCUUGAAAGAUGUCGUCAUACAAGAAUCGGUGGGGGAUUCCUUAAAGGUAUAUCUGGGGGAGAAAGGAAAAGAACCAGCAUAGGGCAUGAAAUUCUGGUGGAUCCUUCACUUCUGUUGCUUGAUGAACCAACUUCAGGGCUCGAUUCCACUUCUGCUAAUAGAAUACUCCAAAUACUUCAAGGUCUCGCAAAGGUAGGAAGAACAGUUAUUACAACUAUCCAUCAACCCUCAAGCCGAAUGUUUCACAUGUUCGAUAAAGUUCUGCUAAUAUCGGAAGGGUACCCUAUUUACUAUGGAAAAGCUAGCGAUUCAAUGGAAUACUUCUCAAGUUUAAGAUUCGUCCCAGAGUUAGCAAUGAAUCCUGCAGAGUUCUUGCUGGAUUUGGCAACAGGACAAGUGAACGACAUCAGUGUUCCUGAGGAAUUGUUUGAAUCUCAAGAGACUGCUGAAUUUGAAAAAGUUGUGAUAAGAUAUCUACAGCGUAAAUACAAAGUCGAGUUGGAGCCAAAAGAAAAGGAAGAGAAUCAUCAGGCGCUAAAGGUGCCGGAACGUCUACAAUUAGCUGUCCAAGUGAAGAAAGACUGGACGCUGAGUUGGUCGGAACAAUUUACAAUAUUGUUCAAGCGAACAUUUAAAGAGCGAUGGAGAGAUUACUUUGAUCAGCUUCGUUUGAUUCAGGCAUUUGGCGUGGCUGUUCUCUUAGGCCUUCUCUGGUGGAAAUCCAGCACUGCAACUGAAGCUCAACUUAGAGAUCAGAUUGGUUUGUUGUUCUACAUCUGUAUUUUCUGGACUUCUUCAUCCAUAUUCGGAGCAGUUUAUGUUUUCCCAUUUGAGAAGAUAUUUUUAGUUAAAGAAAGAAAGGCAGACAUGUACAGAUUGAGUGUUUACUAUGUAUGCAGCACGUUGUCCGACAUGGUGGCCCAUUUAUUGUAUCCCACCUUCUUCAUGUGCAUUUUGUAUUUCAUGGCCGGCUUCAAGAGAACAGUGGAAUGUUUCUUCUUGACCUUAUCCGCAAUACUCUUGGUUGCUGUAACUAGUCAAGGAGCAGGAGAACUGUUUGGAGCCGCCGUGAUGAGCAUUAAACGUGCCGGCAUGAUCGCUUCUCUUAUACUAAUGUUAUUUCUUCUCACUGGUGGAUACUAUGUUCAGCACAUUCCGAAAUUUAUGCAGUGGCUGAAGUAUGUGUCGUUUAUGUACUACGGGUUCAGGCUGCUGGUGAAGGUGCAGUAUUCAGGGGACCAGCUGUAUGAGUGUGAAAGCAAGAGUGGUUGCCGGAGACUGCAAAGCUCGCCCUCGUUCGACACCGUGAAUUUGGAGGGUGGACUUAGAGAAGUUUGGAUUUUGUUAACCAUGGCGGUGGCGUACCGGCUCUGUGCAUACAUUUGUCUACGCAGAAAAAUCAACAUCUACAAUCUCUGAAGGAGAAGAGAAUCUUGAAACAAGAGAAUUCUGCAACAUAGAUGAAAAAGUACACUUAGUAUGUACUCUAUAUGAGCUUAAGUUUCCAGGCAGGCACUUAGUAUGUAACGUAGUACAAGAAACAGAAUAUGUUGUCUGAAUGAGAACCAUUGGAAUAAAUCCAAGAAGGGAUUGUUUUUGGCCC